AUGGCGGAAGUAGUAUCACGAUCGCGACGAACGGAGAUCAGUUUUGCUACAAUAUGCUGCUCAGCUUUCUCCUGUCUCCAGCUCUACUGGGCACGUCUUAUCCUCCGCAAAUGGUUCAACGUUUCUUCCACCGAAUCAGAUUAUAGCGCCGAUACUGACGACGAGAGAUUCACCAAUUCCGGCAGCCAAGAAUUUGACCCAAGUAGCUCUGGAGUUACGAAAGAUGUGGAUACUAAUGAUGUACCUAAGCUUAGAAGACGAAAUUCUGAAACUUUCAGGGUGCAGUAUAUGGACACACAAGCAAUAAGAAUCUGUGCUGGGACAUGGAAUGUUGGAGGAAGAGUUCCACCAGCUGACUUGGAUAUCGAUGGUUGGCUAGACACUGUUGAGCCUGCAGACAUUUAUGUUCUUGGUCUUCAGGAGAUUGUUCCCUUGAAUGCUGGAAACAUUUUUGGAAUGGAGAAUGACCAGCCUGCUUCUGAAUGGGAGAACAUUAUACGUGAUGCCUUAAACCGAGUUCGUCCUAGAAAGCUGAAGAUUGUUAGUCACAGUGAUCCUCCUUCUCCGUCAAAGUUUAAGCCAUCCAAAGAGGUCUCUUUCAGCGUGCAAGAUAUGUUUGUUGAAACAAGUAAUGAUGCUUGCGAUGACAGCACGGAGAGACCAAACGUAAGUGAAGAUUCGCUUACUAAUGCAUCACCAAAUACUCAAGACAGCUCUCUCUCGGUGCGAAUUAAUAGUGACUCACAGAGAGAAGAAAGGUUUAGUUAUACUGAAAGAGUUGGUUUGAGCUGGCCAGAGCCUCCAUUGAAGCUGCUAAACCAAUAUGUUUUGGGAAAACGUGGUUCCUUCAAGUCAGUGAAUCUAACUAUCAAGAAUCUGAGAAAACCAUCGUAUGUACGGAUCGUGAGCAAACAGAUGGUUGGAGUGUUUCUCACCAUAUGGGUUCGUAGGAGCUUGCGCAAGCAUAUAAGCAACCUUUGUGUGUCUACUGUUGGUGUUGGUAUCAUGGGCUACAUUGGUAACAAGGGAUCUGUGUCUGUGAGCAUGACAAUCUAUCAAACACCGUUUUGUUUCUUGUGCACGCAUCUGUCCUCAGGGGAAAAAGAUACAGAUCACCAGAAAAGAAACGAUGACGUGCGUGAAAUCCACAGAAGAACGCAGUUUCUUCCGCAAUCUUUAAAUGCAAAUGGACUUCCAAGAAGCAUCCGUGAUCAUGAGAGAAUAAUCUGGCUUGGAGAUUUGAACUAUCGGAUUAACUUGUCGUACGAGAAGACACAUGAGCUUGUUGCAAGAAAAGAAUGGCAGAGGCUGGUUGAGAAUGACCAGCUCUCAAGAGAAAUGACUAAAGGGAACGUAUUCGAAGGAUGGUCAGAAGGAGCUUUAGGGUUUCCACCAACUUACAAAUACGAAAUCGAUUCAGAAAACUACAUCGGGGAUGAUCCGGAGUCCGGUAAACGUAAACCGGCCUGGUGUGACCGAAUCAUUUGGAAUGGUAAGGGAAUGAGGCUUCUUAGUUACAGAAGGAACGAGGUUAAACUAUCGGAUCACCGUCCUGUCACAGCCACGUUCUUGGCAAAGGUUGAGGUUUUGUCUCCACGGAAACUUCAUCGUGCACUUGCACUCACUUACUCGGAGAUCCAAAGCCAAUAA